AUGGAACCAGGGAAUGAUACACAAAUUUCACAAUUUCUGCUUCUGGGAUUUUCAGAGGAUCUGCAAUUACAGCCCCUCAUAUUUGGACUUUUCCUCUCCAUGUACCUGAUCACCUUGUGUGGAAACCUGCUCAUCAUGGCCACCAUCUCCGACUCCCACCUGCACACCCCCAUGUACUUCUUCCUCUCCAACCUGUCUUUUGCUGACAUCUGUUUCACCUCCACCACUGUCCCAAAGAUGCUGGUAAACAUCCAGACACAGAGCAAGGUCAUCAGCUAUGCAGGCUGCAUCACCCAGAUGUUCUUUUUCAUCCUCUUUGCAGCAUUAGAAAACUCCCUCUUGACUGUGAUGGCCUAUGACCGGUAUGUGGCCAUCUGUUAUCCUCUGUACUACUCUGUCAUCAUGAACCCCUGGCUCUGUGGAAAGCUGGUUCUGGCAUCGUGGACCUUAAGUGCCCUGUAUGCAUUAUUACAGAGCCUAAUGGUGUGGCGGCUGUCCUUCUGUACACAUGUAGAAAUUUCCCACUUCUACUGUGAUCUCAGUAAGAUGGUCCACCUUGCCUGCUCUGACACUUUUAUUAAUGACAUGGUGAUCUAUUUGGCAGCUGUGUUACUGGCUGGUGGUCCCCUCACUGGGAUCCUUUAUUCUUACUCUAGGAUAGUUUCCUCCAUUCGUGCAAUCUCAUCAGCUCAGGGGAAGCACAAAGCAUUUUCUACCUGUGCUUCUCACCUCUCAGUUGUCUCCUUAUUUUAUGGCACAAGCCUAGGAGUGUACUUUAGUGGUGGUGCUACCCAUAGCUCACACUCAAGUGCAGCAGCCUCGGUGAUGUACACUGUGGUCACCCCCAUGCUGAACCCCUUCAUCUACAGUCUGAGGAAUAAAGACAUAAAGAGGGCCCUGAAGGGCACUGUAGGAGGAAAAUGUCAAUUAGCCUGGACCUGA